AUGCCUCGGAAAAUGUCGACAUCUACCUCAUCCGACGUGGUUAACGUCUCAAGCUCGGUCCUCUCCUUCUCGCAUCUUGGAUAUUCCGUAAAGACAAAGGAAGGCAGCAAGUUGCUAGUGGACGAAGUGUCCGUAGAUGUCCGCCCUGGCGAGUUACUGGCUAUCAUGGGACCAUCCGGGUCGGGGAAGAGCACUCUUCUUGAUUUAAUGUCCUUUCGAAAGACGAGCAUCGCGGGAGGGUUGGCUGUAUUGAAUGGUCAGGUAUUGGAUGCGGGUACGAUGCACAAGAUAUCGAGCUUCGUGGAACAAGAGGAUGCUCUACUGGGUGUCCUCACCGUCUGGGAAUCAAUAUCUUAUGCUCUCCGCCUCCACCUCCCAAAUCUUCCGAGAAAGCAGGUCAACGAACGUGUCGAUCGAGUGAUCAAAGCCCUAGGGCUACAAUCGUGCGCAAACCAACGCAUUGGCACGCCCAUUCAGCGAGGGAUCUCAGGUGGUCAAAAGCGACGAGUUACGGCCGCUUGUGCUAUGGUUACAUACCCUCGGAUCUUAUAUCUGGAUGAAGUAACGUCGGGGCUCGACAGCACCUCUGCCCGAGAGGUUGUGUCCGCUAUUAGUUCUUUGGCUAAGGCGGAGGGCAUAAUCGUCAUUGCCUCGAUCCACCAACCACCUCUUGAAACACUAUCACAAUUUACCAAAUUGAUGUUUCUCGCGGAGGGCAAGAUGUGCUACUUCGGCGGAGUAGACGAGCUGGAAGGGUUCUUUGAGAAGUGGGGUAGACCCGUGGGACGCUUUACGACGCCUUCAGACCAUGCCAUGAACUUCCUGAAUAGUGAUUUCGAACAUCGGGUGGGCUCGUCAGACACGAUACGCGAAUUCAGAAAUUUCUAUCUUUCUCUCUCGACCACGGAGCGGCCUACAACUUGCGACGAAAAGAAACUCAUUGUGACACAACCACUGAUAGAUGAUGGUUCAACUCUGCACGGAAAGGCGGGUGUGAUGGGGACGCUAAUCUGGAACACCCUCGUGCUCGCGGAACGUACAGCGCUGAACUACUCCCGUAAUCUCCUAGCGUAUGGCGUUCGGGCUGGCAUGUACGGAGGCAUGGGCUUCAUGCUCGCCACCAUUUGGAUCCGUCUUGGAACAGAAGAUUCAACAAUCAAUGAUCGACUGUCCGUCCAUUUCUACAGUGUGGCGUUCCUUGCCUUCAUGUCAGUGGCAGGUAUUCCGGCAUUUUUGGAAGAACGGUCUGUUUAUUACCGCGAAACGAAGAAUGGACUUUAUACGACGCUUCCUUUUGUUCUCUCGAAUACUCUCGUAAACAUUCCAUUCCUAUUCAUGUGCACCGUCUUCUUUACCGUUAUCUGCUACUGGGCCAUCGGAUUACACUCUGGUGCUGUGCCCUUCUUCCGCUUCUUGUCGUUCUUGUUCCUCGCUAUCCUCGCUGCUGAGAGCCAGGCUUUGAUUGUGGCUUCUCUGCUUCCCAUAUUCGUCGCUGCUCUCGCAAUCAGUGCCUUUUUGAACGGCUUUUGGAUGAGCGUCGGUGGAUAUUUCAUCAAAGCACGGUCGCUGCCUCGGUUUUGGUUCUUUAGUUUCCACUUUAUGGACUAUCAAAAAUAUGCUUUCGAGCUUCUGACGAACUCCGACCUUCGUGGUCUGACCUUUAAAUGCAACACCGUCAUGAAUGGCGAAUGCGUUUGCGCCUACCCUACGUCUACGCCGGCGUCAUGCACCGUCUCUGGGGAGGACAUCCUCGACUACCUCGAGAUUGGAGGGAUAUCCUACGGAAGAUGGGCGGCAAUUGUCAUUUGUAUCACCAUCAUCUAUCGAGUCGCGUGA